AACAAAAAUAUUACAAAACACACAAAACCAUCAAACAUGAAGGUCGUGACACUUACACUCGUCGUUUUCGUCAUUCUUUCGACAUCAUUCCCAGCUGCCAUCGAAGCCGCCGACGCUGGAGAUACAGGAAACGUAGGAGUGACAUGUGACGCAAGACAGCUUCAGCCUUGUCUUCCUGCGAUUACAGGAGGAGGACAACCUUCAGGUGCAUGUUGUGCAAAGCUUACAGAACAACAAACGUGCCUGUGUGGUUUCUCUAAGAACCCUGCGUUUGCGCAGUACAUAAGCUCUCCAAACUCUCGUAAAGUCCUCUCUGCUUGUGGUGUUGCUUAUCCCACUUGUUGAAACUGAUCUAGAGAGUUUAUAAAUAUAUAAAUGAAAAGGAAAUAAAUAACAUUGAUAUAUCAAACGUUUUAUGAAACAAUUCAACCCGUUUGUGUUAAUGUACUUUGGAUGGUUAAAUAAAGUUUAAUUUUCCUUAUUGAUA